GCUGAGGGACCCAAGAUGGCGGCGGGGCGCGUCUCACGCUGGCUGGCGGAGGGGGCAACCGCUGCCAGGGGCUGCCGGGCGGGCGGCGGGGAGUCGCGGCGCCUGGCGCUGGCGUUGCGCCUGGCCCGCUGGCGGAGCGUGGGCCCCGCCGCCCCCAUUGCAUCUCGCCUGGCCCUGGCGCCGCGGAUCGGAAACCGCUUCGGAAUUAGACCACUAACCCUCGUCUGGGGGGCCUCGUUUCACACCAGCUUCCCGACUUGCAGCAAAGAGGAUUAUUACCAGAUCCUGGGAGUCCCUCGAAAUGCCAGCCACAAAGAGAUCAAGAAGGCCUAUUAUCAGCUUGCCAAGAAGUAUCAUCCUGACACCAAUAAGGACGACCCCAAAGCAAAGGAGAAGUUUUCCCAGCUGGCUGAGGCCUAUGAGGUCUUGGGAGACGAAGUAAAGCGGAAGCAAUACGAUACUUAUGGGACAGCAGACUUUGGCUUUGGCUCAGCAGGUUCUGGGCAGCAGUACAGGCACAGUGGCCCAACUAUUGAUCCCGAGGAGCUGUUCAGGAAGAUCUUUGGGGAGUUUUCCCAGUCCCCUUUUGGAGACUUUAACACUGUCUUUGACCAGCCUCAGGAGUACAUAAUGGACCUGACAUUCAUCCAAGCUGCAAAGGGUGUCAACAAGGAGAUUAUGGUGCAGAUCAAUGACGCGUGCCAGCGCUGUGAUGGCAGAGGGCAUGAACCGGGCACCAAAGUAGUGCACUGCUCCUACUGCAAUGGGACUGGCACAGAGACAAUCAACACGGGCCCUUUCGUCAUGCGCUCGACGUGUCGGCGGUGUGGUGGGCGAGGCUCGGUUGUAACUAACCCAUGUGUGAUGUGUCGUGGCUCUGGCCAAACGAAACAGAAGAAGAGCGUGAUGGUCCCAGUUCCAGCAGGUGUGGAGAAUGGGCAGACCGUUCGAAUGCCUGUCGGAAGGAAAGAAAUUUUCAUUACCUUCAGGGUUCAGAAAAGCUCUGUGUUUCGGAGAGAUGGCGCAGAUAUCCACUCAGACCUCCACAUCUCCAUAGCACAGGCUGUCCUUGGAGGUACAGCGAGGUCUCCUGGCCUGUAUGAGACGAUCAGCGUUAUGAUCCCCCCCGGCAUUCAGGCUGACCAGAAGAUUCGGAUGAGUGGAAAAGGUGUUCCCAGAGUUAACAGUUAUGGUUAUGGAGACCACUACAUUCACAUCAAAAUCAAAGUUCCCAAGAGGCUGACCGAUCGCCAGCGAACCUUGAUGCUGAGCUACGCAGAAGGUGAAACCGAUGUGGAAGGGACUGUGAAUGGCAUUGCCAGCACAACCACUGGAAAACGUUCUGCUGAAAACUAGAAGACUGGGAAGCAGCAGUCUGGAAGGCGUGAUACUGGAGGUUUUGGAGCCAGGACCACUCAUUUUUGAGGUGCACGGCCUGUGGCUGCACUGAAGAAAGCGGGCACUGCCUCUUGACAUUGGACUGCAGAAUUGCCGGCCAUGGGAACCGUGAAAGGUUCUUGGGCUCCCUGGACUUGGUUCUCUUCUGGACAGAUGCAGGCUGCAGGGGGGGGGGGGGC